AUGGCCGAUCUUAGUUGCGCCUACGCAGAUGCCGGCGCCAUAUCUGACCUGGAGCAGAUAUGUGAUGAAGAAGAUGACUUUGAUUCUUCCGCUAGCACCACAUCAGGUCCCCACGAUCGCCAACUGGAGUCGCUUCAAUCUCCCGACGAAGAGGUUGCCGCGCCCAAGCUCCGUACUCAACAUGACCGCACUAUACCCGUCACAGAUCCUCAGCUCAAAGGUGACAUUGAUAAGACCGAUAAAACUACUGAGAUAUCCUCAGCCAACAGCCAUUCCGAAUCAGCCGAAGAUGUCCAGAAACCAAGGAGUCGAAACUUCUUGGAUCUUCCCGUGGAUCUUCUUCAAGAAAUCAUCAAAGAGGUCACGCAUACGAAUGAUUUGACCUCCUUAGCCCUUACCUGUUCCGCACUCCACGCACUCGCGAUCCCCCAGAUGUACUCUCGAUUCGAUAUAGUUUGGCCAGAUGCUUUCCCGCAGUCUGAUCAUCCCGGAGGAGUGGAUGCGCUUUCCUACGGAUUGGCAACCUUGGUCAUGGGAGAGGACAUAUUCCGCGAGGUACCUGCUAAGCCUGUGCUACAUCCGUGCUCCAAAUGCGGAAGCAGUUACCACGCGCAACACACACAACAGGACGGCGGCCGGUUCCGUCGUGGAAACUAUUUUGCACAAUACACACGCAAGUUUUCAGUGGGUAACGGGCCACCAGAUUGGGUCCAGGAAUACUCAGUCACCAAAGAGACAGGUAAAAUGCUUGGGACGCUCGUUGCCUUAGCCGUCGCUCGCAUGGUAAAUCUGGAGACUUUCAUUUGGGACAUGCCAACCGGCGUCGUGAGAGAUGUAUGGAUCGCUCUAUCAUCACUAGCAGACCGGCCAGGACAUGACUGCCGUCUGGAGAACGUUUGGAUACGAUGGCACGAUAAUUCUGAAAAUACGAUCCGCUCUUUAUCAGGCGUCCCUACCACAUCUUCACUAACUCUCCCUGAGACCCAAAAUAUCCUGGUUCCGCCCCCUGCAAACUCGUCACUUUUUCGGAAAUAUGGGCAUGUAGAAUAUCCAUCGCUCUCUAUUCUGCCUGCUCUAAAAAAACUCAGUGUUCUCGACAUAGAUGAGCCGUCAUACCUUGAGGAAAUGUCCGUACUCGUUAAACGCUCGCGAGAUCGGCUGAGGGAGCUCCGUAUUGGCCUUUCAUCAAAGGUCUAUAAGGCAGAAUGGUUGAAACCACAGGGAGCCUCUCAACCAGAACAACAAGCCACAUCCGCGACCCCCAUAUCGGGCUGGCCGAGAGCUGGCGGAGUGCUUGGGGUGAUACUGGGCUGGCCCGGACGCCAUAGCCGGCAGUCUUCUUUGAAGCAGGAAGCUAAAGCUGAAGAAGAGAUUGCAUCUGGAGAUAGUUCCACCCAAAUUGAAACGCCAGCUUCCGUUAACACUCUGAUUGAAGGACUCUCGAUGCAGACUCUCGAUGCAACACCGGUACAUCAUUUGGUCGAGGCACAAGAUAUUGUUGACGCUGGAAAUAUUCCUCCAUCCGGCACUCAGCCAACGCAUUCCAUCCAACCGGCUGUGCCCAAAACUCAAAGGGAGAGCUCAAGGAGGUCGUCAAAAGCAGUUUACCCCUCCAUACCUGACUCUGAUCGCCAAUCCUUAAAACUGGAGGUCCUCGAAUUGGAGCGUGUACCUAUCUCGGCCCCUGUUUUACUAGAUACGAUCGAUUGGACCCGACUUACCACGCUCACCAUCCUUCGCUGCGAAGGCCAUGAAAAACUCUGGAGAGGUCUUCGGCGCCGAUUUUCCCCUUCUUCUACAUCGUGCACUAAAAAUGGCAGAAAUGGAGGGACAAUUCAAGAGAAGAAUUCAUCCCAGUACCCUUUGAAAAUAAAGCAUAUUCAUACCGAUGCAGUCUCGCCAUACCUUUUGCUCUUCGUCAAGGAUACUCUUCGUCCUGACACGCUUGAAACAGUUUUCCUUCAUGGGGCCCCCAUGCAUGACUCCGCUGUUCAUAUUGAAGGGAUAUACCGGAAUGUGAUCCGAAACCAUCGGCUGAGUUUGAGAAAGUUGUUGGUGGAUAGCACCGAACGAUCCACUGCCGGGAUUGAAAUAGGAACUAGCCGCUGGAGAAAAUGGAUGUUCACACGAGAGGUCCUUACUUUCUUAACAAGUGGGCGCAUGCCUAAGCUGAGAGAGCUUUCCAUGACCAUUGACUCUAAAGACUGGCACUAUUUCCUGCAAAGACUACCUUCCAUUCCUCAACUUCGAGCUCUCCAUAUCCCUCACAUUAUCCGCCCCGUCCAUAUCGACCUGAAAGAGCUCGCCAUGCAGGUUCUCGACAUAGUAACGCUGCGGCCGGAGAUUAACAUCAGCUAUGUGGGCAUGCAGACCAAAUGCUAUGAGAUCCUCGAAGGUAAAGGCAAUGAAUAUGACACCGAGACGGACGAUGUUCACAGUGAGGGAUUUGUCCCAGGGGCUGAGACUUGGGCGGGUUCCGAUACGAAUGAUGAAGAUUCCGAUGAUGACGACGAAGGGAUGACGGUUGAUUCACAAUCCGAUUUGUCGGAGGACGAUCGUCAUUCGCUAGAAGAUGAUGAUACUUCAGACUACGACAACGGUCGACCUCGGGUGUCUUUCCGCUUGCGGGAGAUACUCUUUUAUGAUGACAAGAUUGCAAUUUUCAAAGCCAGACAUGGAGUUCUAUGA